AUGUGCGAAAGAUGCACACAAAUCUACAUAAAGCUCAACCCCACUGCGACCCCCUCGCGCCACCUGGCCUACAAACCAGGAACCUACCCCGUAAUCUUCAACCGGACACUCGAGGGCAUCGCGGACCUCGACUUCGCCAUCACCAUUGCCUCUCACGCGCGCAAGGAACUAAAGGAGAUGUUCGGCGCUAGUGUCGGGGCUCGGAUGUACACGAGCAGCGACCCUAAGGUUACGAUGACGGAGGGCAAGGCGAUGCAUAUGUCUGUUCUGAUUGACUUUCCGCACGAGGGUAAGAUCACACUGCCGCUGAUUAAUAGGAUCUUUGGGACGGUGCGUCCGGAUCAGCCGCAGAGUUUGUGGAGUGUGGUGCUGCCGAAGCCCGGACAGGAUUUGUGUUUGUGGCGGUUGGAGUGGUUUGAGGGUUGGUUUGAGGGAUAUUUGGAGCAGUAG